GUGCUGCAAGAGAUCGUGUCUUCUGUACAGAAACAUAGUAGCCUUCAUUCUAAGAGCUGUCGAAAAAAAGGUACGAACUGCAGGUUUAACUUUCCAAGACCACCAAGUAAGUACACAUUCAUCUCUAGGCCAAGCUCUUCAGAUGUUCACAACAAUGAUUGUAAUGAAGCAUCGAUAGAAAGGGAGAUGAAUUGUGAAGAGGCUAAGCGAAUCCUUGAAGCGUUGUGGGAGGCUCUCUCAAAUCAAGAACAUGCUUUUGGGAACACAGAAGAUUUGUUCACUGCUGUUGGAAUAAACCAAGAUCAGUUCCAGGAAGCAUACACGAUGCUGUCAAAGCGGGCUAGUGUUGUGCUCAGACGAGGCCUGGAUGAUGUAUGGUUGAAUCAGUACAAUCCUGACCUUCUGCGUGCAUGGAAUGGGAAUAUGGAUAUUCAGUUUGUGCUCGAUGCUUACUCUUGCAUUGUAUACAUUAUAUCAUAUAUUUCUAAGUCAGAAAGAGAAAUGGGUCUUCUUCUGGAACAGGCAAGAAAGGAAACUUUGAAUGGAAAUGAAGACACUAAACAAGCAUUGAAGAAACUUGGAGCAGUUUAUCUUCAGAGUAGGGAAGUAAGUGCUCAAGAGGCCGUGUUUCGAGUCUGUAACCUGCACUUGAAGGAAUGUUCAAGACUUGUUCAGUUUAUUCCUGUUGGUGAUGCCAUAAAAAUGAGUCUGCCCCUGAAUGUGAUCCAAAACAAGCUCAGUGGUGGGGAUUUAAAUGUAGACGAUGUGUGGAUGACAAGCAUAAUUGACCGUUACAAGAACAGACCAGAUGGUGAUGAAUUUGAAGCUAUGUGCUUGGCAACAUUUUGUUCCGAAUUCCGAGUUCUGCCGAAGACAGAGAAAAUUUCCAGUAAAGCUCAAAAGGAGGGAUUGGUACAUAAACUGAGGGGUAACAUGGGGUACAUUCGUAGAAGAACACGAACCAAACCAGCUGUGGUAAGAUAUCCAAGGUUUUCACCAGAGAAUCAAUCAGAGAAAUAUUUCCAGAGCAUUUUACAACUGUUUUUGCCAUACAGAACAGACUCGCAGCUGAAACCUGAUGGGUUUAAUUCGUUUGAAUACUUUUUUGAGACUGGUGCUGUAAGUUUGCUGAAUAAUACUAGUGUUGAGCUUGUCAAGGACAUAGUUAACAGAAACAAGGCAUCAUUUGAAACAGAUGCUGAUGAAAUCACCAGAGCAGCGGAAAUUCUUGAAAUGGGUGGUCACUUAGAAGAUGCAUGGGCACAGAUGUAUCCUGAAACUGAAGCAGAAAGGAUUUCUUGUUUUGAAGAAAUUGAAGAGCUUGACAAGGUCCCUUGUGAGGCAAAAGACAUACCAGAUUUAGUACAGAAUCAGAAGUCUGAUUACACUAUUGAGCCUCAACAGGGAGUUCUAUCCGGGAGUGAAGCAAAAGAUCUUAUGCGAUCACUGAAUGAACGACAACUGGAGGUCUUCUACAAAGUUCGAAAGUGGUGUUUAGAGAAACUCAAUGAUCUGGAGACAGAACCUUUCUAUCUUUUCAUCACGGGAGGUGCAGGAACUGGCAAAACCCAUUUGAUUAGGUCUUUGCAUUUUGAAGCCAACAGGCUUUUAGCACGGUGUUUGUCAAAGCCAGAUGACACAUCAGUUUUAAUAACAGCUCCGACAGGUGUUGCAGCUUUUAACAUUAGUGCUUCAACCAUUCACAGUACGUUUAGUAUUCCUGUAGAUGUAAAAUUACCCUAUCAGCCAUUGGGAGAAGAAAAACUAAACACGUUACGUUCAAAGUAUAACAGCCUUCAAAUUUUAAUUAUAGAUGAAAUCUCUAUGGUGGAUCAUAAGUUACUUGCUUACAUCCAUGGAAGGUUACGACAGAUCAAGCAGUGUAAAGAUUACUCUCCAUUUGGAAAGGUGUCUGUGAUUGCUGUUGGAGAUUUCUAUCAAUUGCCACCAGUAAAGGGGAAGCCUUUAUACAAAGAUGACAUUGGAUUUAAUCUCUGGUCUGAGUUCAAAAUAGUGGAACUAACUGAAGUGAUGAGACAAAAAGAUCAAAGCUUUGCAAAUAUGUUAAACCGUCUUCGUAUCCGUAAAAAGACUGAGAGAAUCACAGCUUCGGAUAUUUGUAUGUUGACUAAGCGCGAGAACGGAGAUGAAGAAGGUGAUAUUCAUAUAUUUGCAACAAAUCAACAAGUUGCAGAAUUCAAUCUCUCUAAAUUGUCUCAAAGUGAAGAGGAAAUUUUUGCUUUUGAUGCUCAAGACUUUGAGAAGGAUCAAAGGACUGGAAAACUUCAGAAAAGAGACAAUCAGUUCAUAAGUACGGUGUAUUCUAAUUUGCCCAGAAAACUGUCUUUAACAGUAGGAGCACGAGUGUUACUUAUGAAAAACAUUGAUGUUUCUGAUGGUCUUGUGAAUGGAGUCUUUGGCACAGUCUCACAUAUUCCAUGUCCAGCAAGAGGUGAAGAUGUACCAAAUGUGAUUUAUGUUGUGUUUGACAGUGACAGAGUUGGUAUUAAGAUGAGGAGAGAAAGUCAAAUCCCUGAUUGUGUACCAUCCAGCAGUACACCAAUUCACCGGGUAGAAGAUAGAAAACUUGGCUGUCUUCUGAUGAGUCAAGAGAAGGACGAUACCUAGAGGGAUACACAUUUAACCAUAAGACCAGAUCUCAAAGCUAUGAUCAAAGCGAUCCAUUGUUCAAGGAGUUAAAACAACAAGCACAUGGAGGGGUUGGCAUUUUCCACAAAUCUGAUAUGAAAUGUGAAAUGUUGGAUCUCGCUAU